CCAGUUUGUUCACGCUAGAGACCCUUGUGACCACCACCACCCUCCCGCACAAAAGCUCAGAUUACUACAGCUUGAAUCGAAGGGCAGAGGAAGAACAGCAAUGUCGGACAGCACCGCCACAUGCGUAGACCUCCUCUUGGCCAUCAUCUUGCCUCCUCUCGGUGUCUUCCUCAAGUUUGGCUGCAAGAUCGAGUUCUGGAUCUGCCUUCUGCUGACCAUAUUGGGCUAUAUUCCCGGGAUCAUUUACGCUGUCUGGAUCAUCACCAAGAAUUGAAAAGCACACCCUUGGGUGGGUCGAUUCAAAAAGAAAUAAAGUGUGCUUGUAUCAUCAAGAAGAUGGGACCUUUUAUGCCCCAGUUGAUGGUGAUCCAUAUAGCUGAUUAAUUGUGUGUGUAUAAACUGUUGAUUUUUCACUCUAUAUCGGUGUGUCGGUGUUCCUUUCAUUUAACCCAGUUUGAAUUUGCGAUUUGGGUUCCCUUUUGUCAGUUUAAAUCGAGUCGUCGGGUGAUGUAAGUAGGUCAGAUUUGUACCAUUGUUGACUGUUGUAAACUAUUGUCAUGUGAGAAUUAUUAUCUGUAA